CCGACACUAGAGGGACCAGAUGAGACGUUCCCGCCGGUCCUCUUCUUCCUGCGUCACACUGUGGCGCAGCAUGAUGACGUUUCGUAACUAGCCAACAUGGUAAGAAAACAACGUGGAACGAAAACAAGUUCGCCGUCAAAAACGGCGGAUAGAGAAAAACGGACAAAAAGUCUGAGUUUAACGCUGGAGUAUAGUGACGAUGAGGCGCCCGAUGAGGUGACGUUUGAAGACUCAAAGGCGCAGGCUUUACGGAGCAUGAAACAGGAGCUGGACACGGCCACAAGAGAAAAGGAGCUACUGAAAGAGAAGAGGAGGAAGAGACAGGAACUGUUCCAGGAACAGAAGAAAAGAAAACUCUUACCGGCCGACGUGUUGGAGGAAAUCCACUCGGUUCCUUUGGGGAAACGGAAACAGUCUGAAGAUGAAGCAGCUGAAGAGGAGCAGCAGCAGGAGGAGGAAGAGGAUGAGACAAGGCAGAAGAAAAAGAAGAGAAGUCGGAAACUGGCACAUACCCGACAUCUGAAGGGAAACUGCACGGUGACAACAAUGAAGGAGCAAACGUUGGGGUCAUACCAGCAGCAGGCGGCUGAGGAUUUUAUCAAGACCAGACUGUACGGACCAGGAAGCUGCAGGACCACAAGUAACGAGCUGCUGUCCCUGCAGAACAAGAAGGGGAGGAACAAAGGUGCAGCAGUGCAGUUUGUCAAGGAAGACUGGGCCUGUAAGCAAAAAGCCAAAGCAGAGAAGCUGAAGAAGAGGUGGAUCCACAAGCAGCAGAUCCCGCCUUGCUGACCGGGGCCUCCAGACCUGCUCUGAAUAUUGGAUUUAAAUAGACACCAGAAACAUGGAGUAAGACCUAAUUUAAGCUUUGGGCCAGAACUCUGUGUGGACCACAAUACUGACUUCAUGUGUGCACAGCAGCAGCGUCCAUCCCUCAGUCCACCACCAGGACAUGUGUAUAAGAUUUUUAGGAGGACAGUGUGCAACAGAAUGGGGAGGCGAGAGCACAUCAAAAUAAGACUCAUUUAACAGAUUGACGGAGUUGGAGCUGUUUUCCACAGCUUCACAGCCCAUAAAUGGGGUUCUGAUAAAAGUGGAAAAUCUUGUAAGGCUUUAGUACAAGGUUCUAGUAUUUCUUAAAGAAGUGAACAUGGAGAAAGUUGUUUAGGGUUUACACCCUAAUUUGUAUCUAUUAACUAAGGAAACACAUUGCAUUCACAAAAAUUAGAGACCUCUUGUAUUUAUGAUUAUCAUUAAGAUAAUGAGUUGAACGGAAUGGUGGAGGUCAGAGUAACUCUGUGAUAAUUGACUGUACAUUUAAUGAAACACAGCAAAUGUAAACUGCCAGGCAAGGCAGCGUGCUCAGCGUUCUAAACCUAAACAAAUCCAGACUAGGAACGGGGCCAAGUUGGUGCCCACAGUGCAACUCACUGUAUCCAUGACAACAUUAUACUUCCUAUUUCUUAUUAAAAUUUCUGUUCACAAGCCAUGUGACAAUUUUUUUUACAGUACUGUGUUGGGAAAAACGGCUGCAGUGAUAUUUGAACUCGUACUCUGCAGAUCAUGUAAAUGUGAGAAAAUAGUAAGUUUUCAAUUGUGAGAACAGAUACGGACUUUUAUACAGAACAGGAAGUGUGUGUUCUUGCACACAAGGAGUUAGACUGUGAGCUGCACCUUGGGCCCUGUGGUACAAUAUGAACAGAACCUAAAAACCUGGUUGUUGUGAAGUGAUCCCAGUUCUGCACCAUUUUUUUUACUGCACAAAUCUCCAUAGUACAAAAUCUAAAUCUUGUAAAUUAUGAGACAGCAACAAUUACAAGAAAGUUUUUUCCUUCUGUGAAUGCAAGUCCAUAGCUGAUAACCUUGUAGUCAAACUGCAGAGAUCUGAAAAUGAAGCAACCUUUUUUUUUUUUUUUUUUUCUAUAAAC